CAGCACUAACCAUUGGUCGAAUUUUCAACCGAGAUUAGUGCGCUGGCAUAUUUGCUGUGACAAAAAGCCCUUUGUGUAAAGGAACGAGUUACCGACGCCGCUGAGAACUUUUUUUUUUACGGUGGGUCUUUUUGCUGAAGUGGAGUUUGGAGACCUGGGGGAGGCUUCGGCUGCCGGCCGUGGCGCUGGACCCGGAAGGAGGGCAGGGUGACCUGGGGGAGGCCGGCUGCCCUCGCCGGGCAGGGGAGCGCUGCCUGUUUGCCGUGCCUGGAGUGAGCUCAGUCUGCCGUCUGAAUGCAUGUCGUAAAUACUCCUUCUGUGGUUAGUGGCAGUGCUGGAAGCAAACCUGUUCCGUACUUCAUGCAACAUGGAAGAAGAAAACAUGGUGCCUGAUUGUAGCGAGGGUUUGGAGCUGGAGAAUACAGCAGAACGCGAACCUGAUCUUUUCACUACAUUUUCUGUGAAAACGCUUUUUGGAAUUACAACUAAGUUUGAAUCUACAGCUUCCAAAGAAGAAACAGUGCUUAAAGCAUUUCAACCUUUGCACGCCGAUAUAAAUACUCAUGUGAACACCUGGCAUGAGAGGAAUGAUAAUGAUUGUAAUGACGACUCAGAAAACCAGCAUGGCACAAAUAGUACCAGUGGCCAAGCUGACCCGAUGUCUGGCAGACAAACUGACCUGGAACUGGAGUUAGCUGAACAAAAUGAAUUACUUCACCAUUUACGGAUUGUACAGACUUCUUUGUCUGAAUCUGACAAUGAUGACAAGGAUGCUAUUCUCGUACAAGGUACUUUGGUUCAUACAACAAGUGAUACAGAAUCGGACACAGACAGUAAGGGCAUAGACACCGAUGAAUACAAUACAAGCGAAUCUGGGCUAAAUAAUGCUGCUUUGUCUGCUGAGGCUUUGGAUGAUAACAAUCAAAAUAAGGAAGAGUCAGAAUCAGAAGGGCACAGCAGCAGUGAUGACACUGUGGAUACAGAUGACAUUGAGUUACACCCACCAGUUUCUAAGCAGCUCCCAAAAGAGCUGGAUGGUACUCUGGAGCAUGACUCCAAUGGAAAAGACAGAUUAAUGGAUGAGCAGUUCAGUCGCUUGCUUGCUACAGGGGAAUGCCCUCAAGAACUUCCAGACGAAGAACAAAGACCUUCAGCUGAUAAUACAUCGCUCCAAAGAACAGCACUGACUGAAAAGACUUUCCAGCUGCCAGCUUUCUUUAGUGGCCUACGUGUGAGGAAGAAGGGACUAACCACAGAGGACGGGGAAACUGUUACAGAAAUUAAACCAAGGGAGAACGAUUUAGCUCUGCUUAAAUUACGACAGCCUGUUAAGAAAUCCAGUAUUACAUCAGGUUUGACCACUAAAAAAAAAUCAGCUGAACCUAAAGCAAGUUCUACUUUCCUGGAGCAGCUCUCACACUUGUUAAACAUAGACGUCUCCAAGAAUGAAGAUAGAACCGAGGACUCUGGUGAAGCAUCUGGGGAGACUGAGGACAGUGAUGAAGCUCAAGAGAACAAAGCCUCUGGCAAAACAGAACCACGAUUUCCCUCUGAGGAAAUAAAAUCAAGCCCUGCUGAAUCUGCACUGGACGUCUUUAAAGCUUUAUUCACACGGCCUCCCAAAAAAGAAACAACUGCAGAUAAUUCAGAGCUAGAAGCCAUAAAACGCAAAAUGAGAAAUGAAAAAGAGUCCUUGAAAGCUGUAUUUGAAAGGUCAAAAUCAAAACCUGGGGAUGGACCAUCAGACAAAUCUCCUGACCUGAGUCCCUCAGAGCAAGAUGACAAGACUCCAGGGAGACUCCAGACUGUCUGGCCACCACCAAAAGCAGAGCACGAAGAAGUAAAAGUAGGAUUAAAGUACACAGAAGCAGCUCACCUAAAGUUUUACAAGGAGGGACCACCAGAGUACCAAGCUGCCAUUUUGCAUUUAAAGAGGGAACACAAAGAAGAAAUUGAAACAUUAAAGUCUCAGUUUGAACUCAGGGUAUUCGAUAUUCGUGGAGAACAUGCUGAAUUAACUGCUCAGCUUGAGGAAACCAUUGCACAUCUGAAAAAUGAACUUGAUAAUAAAUUGAACAGAAGAAAUGAAAAAGCAAAGGAUAUUGGUGUUUCUACUGAAGAUAAUAACCCACCAAAGACAUACCGAAACGUAUGUAUACAGACUGACAGAGAAACUUUCAUAAAGCCUAGUGAAGAAGAAAACAGAGCUGUGAAAAAUAACCAAAUAGUACCCAAAAAGCUUAAUAUUUCUUCUUUGUCACAUAGUAUUUCUGCCCAAAGUGAAAAUAAGGAUAAUUACAAUGUACAGUCUUCAGAAAGUGUCUUAUCUUGUCCACCAAAACAAAUGCUGCCUCCUCCACCACCACCACCUCCACCACCACCUCCUCCUCCUCCUCCUCCCCUUCCUGAUUCUUCACUGCCAGGUCUAGUUCCUCAACCACCACCUUUGCCAAUGGAUCCGGCUUCACUGACAUCUCAGUUGGGAUCUGGUCCACUAUUGCCACCUCCGCUUUCUGAAGGCUGUGGGAGUUUUCAGGCGCCACCACCACCACCACCGCUUCCAGGGUUGGGACCUCCUGUUCCUCCUCCACUGCCUGGAUCUGGAUUGCCUCCACCUCCUCCACCACCUGGGCCUGGGUUCUUUUUUAAUAGCACUUUAUCUUCAAACCAAGGACCUCGGAAGCCUGCCAUUGAACCGAGCCGUCCCAUGAAGCCUUUGUAUUGGACACGGAUACAAUUACAAGACAGCAGAAAAACUGCUAUGCCAACAUUAUGGGAAUCACUAGAAGAACCUAAUAUAUUCGAUACUACUGAGUUUGAAUAUUUAUUCUCCAAAGACACCACUCAGGAAAAAAGAAAACCACUAUCAGAGACUUAUGAAAAAAAAACCAAGGCCAAAAAGAUUAUCAAAUUGUUGGAUGGAAAACGGUCUCAAGCUGUAGGAAUUUUAAUAUCCAGUUUGCACCUGGAGAUGAAGGAUAUUCAACAAGCUAUACUGUGUGUUGAUGACUCCGUAGUAGAUCUGGAAACACUGGAAGCACUAUAUGAAAAUAGAGCUCAAAAGGAUGAACUGGAGAAAAUCAAGCAAUAUUAUCAGACUUCAAAAGAGGAGGAACUGAAGCUUCUGGAUAAACCAGAACAAUUUUUAUACGAGUUAUCUCAGAUCCCCAACUUCGCGGAACGAGCUCAGUGUAUUAUCUUCCAGUCAGUUUUCUCUGAAGGUAUAACAUCAGUGCACCGGAAAGUUGAUAUCGUAACUCGUGUUUCCAAGGCUUUGCUAAACAUGACAAGUGUAAAGGAAAUUUUAGGUCUGAUUCUGGCUUUCGGAAAUUAUAUGAACGGUGGGAAUAGGACCCGAGGUCAAGCAGAUGGAUUUGGUUUGGAAAUACUCCCCAAACUAAAAGAUGUCAAAAGCAGAGAUAAUGGGAUUAAUCUUGUGGAUUAUGUCGUCAUAUACUACCUGCGCCAUUGUGAUAAGGAAGCAGGAACAGACAAGAGUAUUUUUCCUUUACCAGAACCACAGGAUUUUUUCCAGGCCUCCCAAGUUAAGUUUGAAGACCUAAUAAAAGACUUAAGGAAACUGAAGAGAGAUCUAGAAGCCUCUGAAAAGCAGAUGAAGUUAGUUUGCAGAGAGUCUUCUGAAGAGCAUCUCCAGCCCUUCAAGGAGAAAUUAGAGGAAUUCUUCCAGAAAGCUAAAGAAGAACGUAAAAAAGAAGAGAGCAGUUUGGAAAAUGCACAAAAAUGCUUUGAAGAAACAGUGGGAUACUUUGGGAUAAAGCCAAAGCCUGGCGAGAAGGAGAUCACACCAAACUACGUUUUCAUGGUGUGGUAUGAAUUCUGCAGUGACUUCAAGACCAUUUGGAAACGAGAGAGCAAAAGCAUUUCCAAGGAACGAAUUAAAAUGGCUCAGCAAUCGGUAAGCAAGUUAACUGCAGAGAAGAAAGUGGAAACGAAGAAAAUCAAUCCUACAGCUAGCCUGAAAGAAAGACUACGUCAAAAAGAAGCCAGUGUGACUGCCAACUGAAAGAAGAAAGAUGAAAACGAUAGGGUUACUUCAUACCUUGCAUGAUGCUUUACUACACCCAUGGCCAAGGGAGCACCUUAUAUUAGAUACCAAAUUGUGCUUUGCUGAUCUGUUCCAAGACAAUCCACUAAAGACUUUUCAGUUCCUUCAGAGGGGUUCAUAUGUUUAGUGGAGGGAAUUCUAAGAAGGUUUUUACAUGAGAAGUCAAAAUUAUUUUCUGUAACUCUUCCUUACACUGCUUAAAAUGCAUCUAGUUAUUUAAUGGUUAUUUAAAGUACUCUGUGCAUAAUGCAUUAAUAUGGAAGAGCUAAAAUGAGCAUUGUGGAUGCUAAGUUAAUUAAUGACUAACAACCUGUAUGUUAUUUACAGGGCUUUGUGUAGAUGAGAGCAGAUACGCCAUUCAGCUCACAAAAAACUAUUACAUCAUACUUUUCAUUACUUCAGCAGUAACUGAGGUAAAAUUGACUGAUUCUAAAUAAUUUUACAGUGUCUAAGUAUUGGAUACAUCUUUCUAAAACUGAUUAAAUGUAAUUAUAGAUUUAUGCUGUAUUUUACUAUAAAUAUUUUUAUAGAAGCUUCAGCUUAUGCCAUACAUUGAAAUGGAAACAAUAUUUUGCACAUGAAAAGGAAUAGCUUCAAAUUCUUUAGUUUUAUGAUUGAUGGCAUAACUGAUUCAUUAUUUUUAUGGUUUUAACCUAACAUUUCCUAAAUUUUGGGCUUCAAAAGAAAAAUGAUAAAAAUGUAUAUUUUUAUUUCAGUAUAUAUUGAAAAUAUCAGUUCCAUAAAAUGAUGGUUUUCUUAGUCAUUAUUCAUUGAACUAAAAUAUAACAAUAUGUCUCCAUGCAGUUACACAUUUGCCAUUAAAUCUCUGGCUUUCGAUUCUAUUGAAAGCUUUCUUUUAAACAGUGAAUAUCUCACUCUAAAAUAUAUUAUGCAGCCUGCUCUUGUCACCCUAUAUUUGUAUGAAGAAUAUGUCCAGCAUACAUAUAUAAAUAGUUUAAUAAGUAAAACUUGAGGAAGAAAUAAAAGUGUCUCGCUCUCCUCCUGUAACAUUAUAACCAUUGCCCAUAAGGUAGCAGAGCCUUAAAAAAAGCCCCUGUUGUUUGAGAUUCUUGCUGUAUUUUAGGUAUUUGGACUCUUAGAAGGAGACAUCUUGAAGCAGAAGUUAAUUUCAGGUAAAACAGAAGAGUCAUUUUUAAAUCCAAGUGGGUAACGGCCUAUAAAUAGGAACGACAAACUGGAGAAAACAUGCUUCUGCUUGCUGUUCAUAAGACAGAAAUCCCCUUCUUUAUGAUAAUGGUGUCUGAAUUUGGUUAGGAAGAAAAAUUAGGUGAACCAAAAAAGUACAAGAAGGAAAUGGGGGAAGAUAUUAGUCCUUUUCUUAGAAGCUGGAAAGAAUUUACCUGAGACAGACAUGGGUCACCCAUACAGCAAAUUAGAUAGAGAAACUGUGAUGAAACCUAAGGCAAAGUCAUCUGUAAAAGUGUUACACUUAUUAAAGAAAGCAUCAGUUGUGGAGACUCCCAUUUGUGAAUUGACCUGCAGUUUUGCUAAAAUUCUGCAUAAAUAAAAAUAAGGGAAUCAAGAUUCCUUUGUAUUUUUUUGGAGUUUCCAGCUGCUGCAGAUAUACUUAAGAUGUAUAACCAUAACUCUUACAAAAGCAGUCAAUAAUAUAUCAGCAAAAAUAAUCUGACUAGCAGUUUGACUAUGCCCAUUGUAGAGAAAUAAAUUCCAAAGAUUUUAUGUCUUCCAACAAAUAGGAAAGUACAUUUGUUUCCAAUAUUAUUAGUGAUAAACAGGAGCAAUAAUGCAUAUAAAAGCCAAAGAACAACAACAAGCAAGUAAAUUCUGAUGAGUAUUUAAGCAAACAACCACUGAGUUUUGAUAGGUUUUCUAUCUAUCAUGGAGAUAGUGUAUAUUGCUGUUUGACUUGAUCGGAUAUUUUUCAAUGAAAUGUUUUACUUGAAAUAUUAAUCAACAAGAGUAGCACUGAUUGUGAAAAAGGAUUGGUUUUGAAAAUUCUCAUUAGAAAUAUAUUAUAGAAAAAAGUUUUUAAAUUAUUGGAAUAUCAUGUUUCAAAAUUUCUAAAUGUGAAGUUUUAUUUUUCAGUUCAAAUUGAAAUGUUGAAAAAUGUAUAUAAAAGGGAUUAAAAUUAAAAUUAUUGAUGUAAAGCAUUCCUUGAUCAGGUUUAUAAUUCUUUUCUUCAGAUUACCAAUUUGCCAAAGUUUUGAGAAUUUAGUCUAUUUUUUCAGAAGAUUCAAAAACUUACAUAGACAUUGUUUCUUCCUCAUUUUCAGUUGUACUGAUUUUCCUCUCAAGACAGAGAUUCUGAUUCCAGCUUCACCCAUGACUUAAAUACUCUAUUACUAGUUCAACUAUUUUUAAGUGAAAAAAAAAAAUUCACCUAGACUAUCAGAUUCACUCUCUUAAUCAAGACUUUAAGACUCUUGGGUGAAAUUCAUCAACUAACUAUCACACUUGCACUCUUAGCGAUACCCAGAAGUGUCUUCAGACAGUGAUUGAAGUGAUAAUGCUACACCUGCAGACCUUAACUAAAAUGUUGUAUUAGAGAAGAGACAUUAACAGAUAUUACAUAUCCACGUAAGCUGUUUAAUUCUGAAAUAUUUAGGCACUGCAGACAUAACAAGUGGUCAUCAACCAGCAUUCAUUGUGGGGGCACCGAGUGUCACCAAAAGUUAUGUUUUAAGCUUGUAUUAAGUUUGGUGCUUAACUUUACCCUGAGCUUUCUAGUUUGGGGGGAAUUAAAGAAGGAGAAAAGAAAGAAAGAAAAUAAAAAGUUGGAACAGAAGUCUCUGGUCCAUCUCUACAUUGCUGUCAACGAAGUAAAAGUAAAGAGUGGACUAAAUUAAGCCAAACAGCAAUAGUUAGACAGUUACAAUUUUAUGGGCAUUGUAAUUUUAAAUACCUCUACACUACAUAGAAGUCACUCCUGUGACUAUAAAGUAAAUGUGGCUUAAGAAGGUUUUUUUCUGGUUUUGUUUUGUUUCAUUUUCAACUCUUCUAUUAUUGCCAAGCUUCUCAAAGUCUGUGAAGCAAAGCACUAUUAAACCCCAUACUACUCAGCAAAUGCUUAUUAAUCAGUAAAAGUAUAUACAUUACUGAUAUAUAAACCAAAUUAUUAGGAAGAAUUCAGUUUAGAUGAGUAAAUAAUUUGUUAAGUGCUCUUUACCUUAUUUACAACAGUACCACUUAGUGAUUUUAAAAUGAAUGACCUUUUAGCAUCUUUGAGGUAUUUUGAGAAUAUAAAUUAUAUUUUCAUUAUGUUUUUCAUAAUCUAUGAAAACUACCCAGGUGUUUUGCCAUGAGUAACUCAUGUAAAUGUUUUAUCAUGUGCUUUAUUAUAGGGUUGUAAAUGUAUAGAUUGAAUAAUAUCAUACUUUUGUAAUUAACUUAGAAUAUUUUUUGCAGCAAAAUAGAAACUGUAUGAUCUUCAGUUUCUGUACAUAUAAAAAAUUUAAUGGAUGGAAUAUUCAGAAAGCAGAGAGAAAAAUAAUUUAAUACUUUAAGCAGUUCUAGGAAGGAUAAAGUUUACACAGGAUUUCAACCUUUCUGAAUUGCUGAGGAUAUCUCCUCCAACCAGAUAGAGAGAGCCAGAGUAUCUCUGAGCAGUCUUAAUUUUUUUCUACAUGGAACAUGAAUAAAAUAAUUUGUUUUCCAUGGGACAUACAGGGUUUUUAUUGCCCUGAUUUUCCAGUAAAUUGUUAGCAAUUUCUUAGACCUAAAUACCUUUCCUAGCUGAUGAAUAUGGGGCAGUGGAAGACUGUGUACAGUGAAGACUGUCAUUUAGUAAUACUAUUUCUUCUUUGCUUCAGGUCAAUAUCGUAAAAAUGUAUGCCUUAAUCUUGUGUGGGUGUGGAAUUUCAGAAACACUCAAUCAAGUUAGAAAUAUUCAUCUCAUUACAGCAUUGAUGGUUUUUUUUUUUUUUUGAAAAUCCACCUCCUUAGGUACCAGCCUAAGCUUAUAAUUUCAGAAAAUCAUACCCACCUGGUUUUUGCUCAUUCUUGGCCUUCUCUUGGUCUUGUUCAAUAUUGUUAUGGUUCUCUUUUUUUUUUUUUUUAUUUCCUUUUCUACUUUUUUUUUCUUUUUUUUUUUAAAUGCCUUUAGAAUUUAUUAAUGCCAGUUAGUGAAUUUCAGGAAUUGCAGUUCUCUUUGGCAUUCUUCUUUUUAAGAUAAGCCUAUGUAUUUGCAUAUAAAUGUAAAGAAAAUAAAAAGUUAAAGGGUAACAAUUAUAGUAAAUAGUUUACUUCAAAGAGAGAAAGUACUAGGAACUAAAUGGUUCCUUAUGCCAACAAGGAAAAAUACAACAAAAACAGUACAAAAAUGAAAAACAGAAAAAAUAAAAUCAGAAAUAAAUUCCAAACUAUUAGUAAUGAUGCUAGUUAACCACUGGAAGAAGUUAGCAAAGUCAGUUGUGGUUUCCUCAUUUUCUGAUGCUUUCAAAUCAGGAUGGAACAUCUUUCUGAAAGGUUUGUGUAGUCUAAUACAGAUUAUUGGACUCAGUACCUAAGUGGCAUGCCAUAUCCAUUGACUCACCAGUUCAAACAGUUCCUCUAGACAGAAAAAUCUAAGAAUAAGUAUGUUAAAACACCUAAUAAAAUAUUCUUUUUCUCGGCUGUAAUGAAAUAUUCUUAUCCAAGCUCAAAGAGUUCUUUGUUGUGAUUUUAAACUAUCAAUCACAAAUGGUGUGGUGUAGAACAACAGAAUGCAGGAAACCAUUGUCAAAUUAUAAAUAUUUGUAUUUCAAAUUAUUAAUUAAUAUCAGUCUAAUGCGUCUUGUGGUAUUUACAAGAUAGAAAAUUUAUGUACUCAGGAGUUCAACACUGUUUUAGAGAUUUCCAAUCUAGGUCUGAGAGAACUGGCAUUUUGGAUUGCCCAAUGUGAAAUCCCAGAAUCACAGAAAUCCUAGUUCCUUAAUAUUUGUCAAAGGUUUAAGCAUACACAAGGGAGUUUACGUUGGGUACAGGUAACAUGAGGCAAAAUUUAAGUAAUGGUCUCUCUUUUAGUGAAUAAUUAGAUAUGACCUGUUAAUUUCAUUACCAAAUAUUUACAUUGCUCAAUAGGGUUUGAACCAUAAUAACUUUAUGCAAGUGUUUUAGAGAUCUAAAGUUCAAAAGUUGUGCAAGCAAAAUUGGUAGAACUCUUCAAAAAUACUUGGGUUUGCAAGUUGGUUUUUUUUCAAAAUGCCUGCAAGAACUUUUCUUUCUUGGUUUUGGGGGGUUUUUUUGUUUUUUUUUUUUUUUCUUUUUACAAUUUUUUCAAUUAAAAAAGUCUUCCUAGAAGCAUUACUAAAAUGGAUGUUUAGGUUUUUUUCCAUUUGUUGGAAAUGUGGUACACCUAAAUUCUGUAAUAUUUUCAGUAAAUUUGGCAAGCUUCUGCUGGCUUUAAAUGCUUUUGGUUUGAUACCUCAUAAAAAUCAAGCUUUUAAAUUAGGGUCUUUUUGUAAAAUGUAAGCACUGGGUAUAAGAGAACAUUUGUUUUAAAAAGCAAUAAGUAAAAAUACUGAACUGAUAACUUAGACCCAGAACACACCACCUUCCUGAGAAGACAUUAUCAAAUAGCAUAAGCUUUCCCAUAAUGUAGAACAGCAUUGCAUUUCCUGUGGUUUGUUUCUGCUGGAUGUCAUCUUUUCAUUAUUUUAUUUUUUCAUCAGAUAUUUCUGGUUAAUUUCAUUUCAUACUUUAUCACCUCAAUUUCAGCUUCAACAAACCAAUAUUGAGGUAAUGCGAAGCCUUUUUAUAGAGGCUGAUUGUGUAAGUGCUUAUAUAUGCAAGUAGUUUUAUGUAUGUAACUAUUCCUGUGGCCAACACAGUAAAAAAUAUCCAUAGAGGACAUUUUGGGUCAUGGGACUGAAUAAAAGCUCUUUUGGAAUCCGGUUAUGAAAAUUAUCCUGAACCAUCCCAGUACGGGACAUGGAUUUCUUUUCUGCAGUAGGAUCUGCCUCAAAAGGUUUUGGAGCUCUGGGAGCUUUUGGAGGAUGGAGGAUGAGGCUGUUGGUAUGGCAUCUUUGCUGUCGUCAUCAAUUCCUAAAAUUAUGGCUUCUCUGGAGUUACACUGCAGUUGAAUUCCCUGAGCCCGGGGACUCCUUGAAGGGAGACUGGAAAAUACUGUCAAUGACCAUAUGUUUUCAAAAGGGAAAGAUUUCAUAAUUAUAUUUCCAGAUUAAAGUAAAAGCUAGCAGACACUUCCAAAAUAGCAAAAUUUUGUAUAGUUGUGUGUAUCCUUUAAUUUGGUUCUAUAGAUUUCAGAAAUUUUGCAUUCAUAUAUGAACUUCAUUCUGUGCCUGUGUUACUGUGUUUAUUUCUCGUAUGAUUAUUUAAUAUGAAUAGAAUCACUUAUAUAUUCUUACUCUUUUAUUGUGCUGUAACCGCUAAAAUACUGACUACCAAAGCUGUUGAAAGAGAGAUGCAUUACCAGAGUCCUGACAGGCAGUUGUAUUCAGGUUUCCCAAUGUUGUCCUUCUGGGAUCCUUCAUGUUUUCCUAGAGGUAAGAAGUGUUUUGCUACCAUCUCAGCCUUUCCAAGUCAUAAACUAGUACUUGUAGCCUAGGGCCAAGUGAUGGGGUCAGAUUCUGUCAUCACUGAUAACUAUUGUCUUCACUGCAACUAGAAGUUGUGCACACUGGGCCACAAAAUAAUCCUAAAGAUGGCAGGUGGGAUUUUUUUGUGAUACCCAUUAAACUGUAAUGCAGUUGAUAAGCUCAAAGUCCUAAAGAGUACUGACAGAGUCUGAGACUCAUGGUCUAUAUUGACUCUGAUGCACAGCAUCCUUACAGGUCAAGCUCAAGUGACUUUAGAAAGAGGAACUGUAAUAUCUGUUCACUGAUCAACAGUUGAACCUGCAACAAGAUGAAUUUUGUCAAUUUGUCCCAGCAGGACCAAGCUUGUACUUAUUUUCUCAUUUGGCAUGCUGUAAAUACAUUCCAUUGUAGUUGGACAAAUGCUCAUUCUGAGCAACUGUCCACAGAUAAUAUGUUAUAGAAACUGCAGAAACAGUGUAGAGAUCAAAGAAUAUAGCACUUCUUACUGCUUGAAGCACCAAUAGUCAGCAAAUGAACAUAUAUAUUGUAUAGCACCUGAUCCUUAUUUCUUAGUUGUAAAAUAGUUUAAGGAAUGUAUUGCCAUUAGCAGCUAAGCACUGUAAACUGGAUAAAAGCCAUUCUUCUUUUUCUCUCUGUAUUAGAAUGAAUUUUUGUGGUGUGGGCAUCUUCUAGAUUUUGGGGGGAAAGAUACCAUUUUGUAAUGAAUCAAAAUGGAACGACAUCACAGUUCCAUUCUAAUUUCUUUCGUAUCUGACAGGAAGGUGAAGGAAUAAAACUGAUUUCUUUUCAUUCCCCAUAAAAACAUUUUUCUGAUUCCUUUUCAUUCUGUUAUUCAUUUUGUGUUGCAGUGCAGUGUGUUUUAGAAAGGCUGUAAAGAAAUUAGAAGGUCCAGCCAUGGAUCUCAUUCCUUAAAGAUUCCCUGUAGUGUUCAAAUUCAGCAAACUGGCAUGGGGAACUCCUUCCCCUGUUACUGUUUUUCUUCAGCGAUUCUUAGAAUUCCCCGCUCCCCUCCUUUUAUUAGAAGUAAAAUCACAUAGUUACCAAACUGAUUGUUAAAGGUCCAAGAAAAACUCAUCUAUUGGGUGAGAAGAGGUCAAUUAACUUCCAAACCACAAUAAAGACUUAUGUGGCUUUACUGAGCCCAAAUUGCACCUUAACAAUUCACCUCAGUUGAACACAACUCAGUUUCAAAGAGCUAGACAAUCAAUACAGUGUUUUCAUGUAUUUCUGUUACUUCUAAUUUUACCUCAAGAAAGCCUGUCUCUCUGAUUCGGAGACAGAACUUGUGCAUUUAGUGCUGUAAUCGACUUCUGCUUGAUUCCAGACCAGAAGUAUGUAUGAUACGGGAGAUGUAUCUGGGUGUUUUGGCAUUACAUUUUAUACAUAUUUUCCAUCAUUUAUCCAGGGGCCAAGUAAAGGACUCAGUAAUGUACCUAAAAUGUUGGUAAAAAAUGCCAUUGAAACAGUAUAAAGCUUACUAUUCCAUUCUAGUGGAUUUUCAUUUGAAGAAAUCCAUUCUCACAUAACUGCCUAUUUAAGUGUUUGGUUCUGUUUAUUUUAAUUAAAAUAUUAUAUUAUAUCAGAUAAUCAAGCUAGUUUGUCUUGGAUGAGCUUCUGUGGGGGCUUGAGGGCUAGUCAAGUAAAAUAAUCUGUGUGCAUGCUCAACCACUUGUAACUACUGUAGCCUGAACAACACUGUCAUCUGCAUAUAGCUCAGAAAAGGGAAAGACUUGAGAAGGAAAUGUAAGGUUUUUCACGUGUCAAGUUCAGAAAAGCUAUGUCAAAUGAAAUGCAUUCUUGUCAUAGUGUACUGGUUUUAAAAUGUCAAUGAUAUCUGUUGCAAAGGAAGAGAAGGCUCAUGCUCUGUGCCAGAUGGGAUUGGAUAAGGACUUCUUUCUUACAAGUUGUAAAAAGUACUGUUUCUUUUAGGAGCUCUCAGCAAAGCUGUGAAUGCCCAGCUGAUGGCUGGCAAUAUGUUGCUCAGGAGAAAUAGGAUUAUUUUUAUAGUUUUUUGAAUAUACCUAUUUAAUAUAAUGACACUUUGGGUUUUGGGUAUAUCAGCCUCAAGAAAAGAGAGCUGCCCCUGUCAUCAUACUCAGCUAUCACUCUCUGAAGUACAAAGCUAAAAGCUUCACCGUAUUCAGGAGUUAUAGGAAGCAAAACCAGAGAAAUAUUAUUUUGGGAAGAAUCAGACUUGGCCUCUGGAAAGUGUUUUUAGUAGGAUUAUAGUAUGAUUUUCAACUUUCAUUUAGUUAUUUUGAAUUUUUUUAUGUUUUUCUUUCCAAUCAUUUUGAGUUGAAUAGUUGCACUGUUGAACGUUAUUGUUGUUGGUACUCUUCCCUCUCUUCUCUUCAUGUGACUCAAAAACAUCAAAAUACAGGCCUCUUUGGCUGGAUAAGUUCUCUUUGAAGAUGUAGCAAAAUGGCAAAUUCUCUUGCAAUGCUAUUAAUAUUCUCUGUGUACCUAGCAAGUUUCACAGACAUAACAGGGUUCAAGUCUCUCAUGUCCAUAUGGGAUUUGCUUUAAUAAAAUCAUAGUUUUGCUUGAAUGUUACAUUCAGCAGUUAUAUAUUUGCUGUCAUUUGAAUUGAGCUCAACUUGGCAUUUUUCAUCUCACAAAAUAUACAGCAAAAAUAAUGGAAUAUUAGUUUGGUUUAGGUUUUUUGUUUUUCAGGAAUCAAACUCCUUUGGUAGUUCUUGACUAAAUAUGUUAUAAAUGUCUUAAAAGAAUAAGCUAAAUAGAUUCAGGUGCUUUUUUUCUCCCUUUUACAUUGUAAUUGUAUGUGUGUGUGUAUGUGUGUGUGUUUCUACUACGUACCUGAAAGUUUAAUUUUCUCAAAACCAAGAUGUGCACAUGAUUAGCUUUGUUAAAAAUAUUGUAGUGGAAUGGAGUAUUUAUUUUUAAACUAAAUUCUUAAGGAACCGUUGACUGUAAAUAAAAGACUAUAUUUUCCUCCUCA